AUGGAGACCGAGGUCAAUGAGUUCAGAGCAGAGCUGAAGGCCCCCCUUGACGCCGCCGUGGCACAGCUGGCCGAGCUCGACAUGGCGCGGAUCAGGAAGCUAUUGUCUCGGUCGCCCAUUGCCGCCAUCCAGCUAAUGUUCGAGUGCUGUGUGUACCUGCUGGGGUCGAGCGACGUGAGCAUGCGGGCGGUGAGACAAGCCACUCACGACGCCAACUUCUGCGUCAGACUUGGACAGCUCGACGUCACGGCGCUCACUGAUGAACACGUCGCCUUCCUCACGCACCGACUUGACCAAAUCAAGAUGUCGGUGGAGCACAUGUACCGCGUUAGCGACAUCGGCGGGACGCUGUUGUCGUACCUUCAGCAGUCCGUGCGCUUCUGGAAGCGACAUCGCGAGGACUUGUGUCCGAGAUAUGAGCGAGUGCAGCGACUUAAGGAAAACAACACUCAGCAGAGUUUGGAGCUGGGCCUGAAGCAGCGCGAGGCGAGACAGCUNCUGUCUCUUAUACACAUCUAG